AUACCGGACGUUGUCGACGACGUUCACGACGACACCAGGGACUAGCAACGAAAUGUCAUCGACGUCCGCGACCCUGGAACCCCUCGAUGAGGCCGAGCUCUCUGGAGAGCAAGCCGGGAUGUACGUCUUCCAAUGGCUCUGCGAGACAGAGAAGGCGAUCAGUCGGGUAGCAAUGGAAGACCUCAAGGCCGGUCAGAGCGAUCUCGAGAAGACCCUGGUCAAGAUCAUCGCUGCCCCCGCACCAUUCCCCCUCCCUGGACGCCCAGUGCGCAAUGUUGUUGCGCGGUGCUUCAUCGCACUGUAUAGAAGAGUGGAGACGCGAACACUGUUUGACACACUGCAAGGUUUCCUCAAGAUCGUAGGCGACUUCAAGACGCCAACGAAGGAUGAGAUCAAGAUUGCUGCGCUGUCUGUAACGGGGGACCUCAUGGCUGUAUACGGAUCGCAGUUCAUGUCCUUCGUGGCAGAGAUCAUAACGCUUACACUCAAGAUCGCCAAGUCGUCAAGUUCCUGCCUCCUCCGCUACCAUGCCCUCCUCGCCCUUCAGAAGACCGUUGACACGACGCGCAGGGCCGUAACCGACUCAGCUGCACGAGACAUCUUCAAGCAGAUGCGCAACACGCUCACGGACAAGGCACUACCCGCUCAACGCGCCGCGGCCGCCGUGCUCACCGUCCUCUACUCCAACGAAGGCUCGAAUCCUCCCCUCAACGAGAUUGAAGCCAUCAUUGCGCUCUGUGUGAAGAGCCUUGAGCACGCCGACCAACCGACGCGCCGUUCGCAUGCAUUGCUGGUCGCGCAUAUCCUCGCAUCUACGCAGGUAGAGCGGGUCACAUCCGCGCCCGAGCCGAGCAACAAGAAGCAGAAGAACAACACGGAGCACGAUGACGGGGACGACGACCCCGCUCCCGCUGCUACGGUCGCGGAGAUCUCCAAGCCCCUCCUCACCCCCUCUGAAAUGCUCGCCCGCAUAUCCGUCCACUUCGUCCGCCCUAACACAUCCCGCAAGACGCGCAUCGGCAUCUUCGACUUCUACGUCGCCCUCCUACAGAAGCUUGGUCCCGCAUUCGUUGAAGCAAACUACGCAGCCAUUGUCGCGCACUUUGUGAGCGAUGUUAUCACGCCGCAAAGGCAUACGACGGCAGCGGGGUCGCGGUAUGAGGGGCUGUUGGUGCGGUCGCUGGUCGGGAUUGUGCUGAGGGACUUGGUAGCGUCGAGGAUGUUGAGCGAGCAGGGCCAGAUUGGGGCGAUACAGGAGUUGUCGAGGACGUACCUGAGAAGGUGGCCCGCGAUGAUGCCAGGCCAAACAGCGCCGCACUCCGCAGUGUUAGUCAUGGCGUUGAGAGCAGUCGCGGCUCUGCUGCAGCAGCUAGGGAAUGCUCCCCCUCCAGUGCAGGAUGCAGUAGCCGAACCGCUGAUGACCUUACUUUCACACCCGAGUCACUCAGUACGCGUAACGGCGUCUUGGGCGCUUCGGUGCUUCUGCUACACCACACCCCUCCGACUCCCCAAGAUGAUCCUGACCGCCAUGGAAUUCCUUCAGCGCGACCUCACGUCCAUUACAUCCCCCGCCGCGCCCUCCGACAUUAACUUGCGCACGCUUGGCCACGCAUACGGCCUCUCAGCUCUCAUUGCAGUGAUCCCGGAGCGUCCCCUCUAUGUCUCCUACGACGUUAGCGCGAAAGUCCUCGACAUGGCAAUCCAGCUGCUCAAGCGCGCAGGCGACCACGACGUCAAAAUCGCCGGCGUCGAGGUGGAGGUUGCAUGGACGCUCAUAGCCGCUCUCAUGGCACUGGGGCCCAACUUCGUCCGCCCGCACCUCCCGCAGUUGCUUGUUCUGUGGCGCAACGCCCUGCCUAAGCCGACGAGCAAGGAUGCGGCGAACAGCGCGGGGCGCAGUGCGGCCGAGUGGUCGUUCCUGCUGCACGUCCGCGAGAGCGCGCUCGGUGCGAUCUACUGCUUCCUGCAGCACAACGCUGGCGCGCUCGUCACUCUCGACGUCGCGCGCCGCGUGUCGAGUGUCCUCAGCAAUGCUCUCAACUUCGCGAAUGGGUUCGUCGGGCAGAACAUCGAGGAUCCGUCUGAACAGGAUAACGGACUCGGCAAUGGCAAGGGACUGGGCCUUCGGGCGCGCGAGGCCCUCCUGCGGCGCCGGGUCUACCAAUGCUUCAGUGCGCUCGGCUUCUCGAGCAUCGCGGAGUCGACGCAGACCACGUUGCUGCAGUCGACAGUGUCGCUAUUCGCAAGCCCGGACGGGUAUGCGGGGAGCUCGGUGCAGGCGGCGAUUGCCAGCUCGUCUGGAACGUUCACGAGCGUCUGGCAGAGCGCGGACGAGUACGCGUACGGUGUGACGUUUAAGGAGGUGAAGGACGAUGCGUCGGGGACGCCAGAUGAGGAGAGUCUGCAGGGGAAGAAGGAUUAUCUCAACCGAGACUCAUUGGAAGUAGCAAUUGAUGAUUUGCUGCACCGACCAAUCAUCGGCGCUUGCGAGCAUGAUAUCCUAACGUUGUGCAUGGGGAAGUCCACCGACACAACGUACUUGACGAACGAGCCUCCGCCACCGGCCACAUCUGCAGUAGAUACCUCCAUCGAGCUUUUCUCAAGGCUCCUUCCACUACAGGAUUUACCGACAACCGUGCGCAUAGUCACCGAGUUGCUGGAGUAUGCGCGCUCUCCGAAGCUGGAAAAAAAUGCCGGCCGGAAGGCAGCCGUCUUCAUCAACAGCGCUGUGGCGAUAGUGAUGACAUUGCGUGUAAUCACUGCGAACUCUACAAGGCAGACAAGAGACGUCUGGGGAAGCGCUCAGGUCACCUCGUUGCUGUCACCAUUCCUCAAGGACGCCUUGAUUGACAACGAUGUCGUCUUACGCUCUUGCGGCAGUGAAGCUAUAGGCCGCCUCGCAAGUGUGGCCGGCACCACCUUCCUCACCAACCAGAUCAAGCAGCUGGUCGAUCAGGUCGUCAACAACCGCGAUCCUUACGGACGUGCGGGCUGCGCACUCGCAUUCGGCUCGAUCUACACCCACGUCGGUGGCCUGGCAGCAGGACCCCUUCUCAAGACGACAGUUAAUGUCCUGAUGUCGCUCAGCAACGAUUCACAUCCGAUCGUCCACUACUGGUCACUGAACGCGCUCGCACGAGUUAUCAAUGCGGCAAGUCUGGGGUAUGCGCCCUUCGUGUCGAGCACGCUGGGUAUGUUGCUCAAGAUCUAUAUGAUGGAGUCGCACGAGCGUGAAGGCGGGUCGAUCAACAACGCCAAUGUCAGCGGCGAGUUCCCCGCGUAUCCCUUCGUAUGCCAGAUCAUCGACGCCAUCAUCACCAUUCUUGGUCCGGACAUUCAAGAGUCGACGCGAACGCGCACCUUGGUACUCAACCUUGUGCAUGAGUUCGAGCAAGAGGAGGACGAAGGCAUUCGCGUGGAGGCGAUCGCUUGCAUUCAGCACUUCUUGAUGUUUGCGCCCGAGCACGUCGACAUACCGGUCCUGGUGCAACAAUUCCGCCAGUACCUAUCUUCGACCAGACGCCCGCUCAAGCUUGCGUCGAUUAACGCCCUAUACCAACUAGUGCAGAAGGACGCAUUGGCCAUGUCGAAGCUCGGUGGCGACAAGCUCGUCGAGGAUCUCUUCGGCAUGCUCGACGACGACGCUUCAGUGGAAGGUGUGCGCAAUGUCAUCAGCAGUUGGCUGCAGCAAACGGUCAUUCUCAACCCGAGCGCUUGGAUCGACCUCUGCCAGAGGAUCAUGUCGAAAGUCACGGCCACGCAGCAAUCGGCGGAUGCAGCAACCGGGCAGACCCUUCGGGACGACGAAGGAGAGUCGCUCAAUGUGUCGUCUGCGCCAGACGCAAAAGCGGCGACGGCCAGCCAACACACCUCGCGAUGGAGAACGCAACUCUUCGCAUUGCAAUGCCUCCAUAACAUCUGCACCGUCGUUGCGAGGAGCGGGAGGCAAGAGCACCUGAAUGCCGUGCUCGCGCGCAACAGGGGACUUAACAUGUCGAAUCUACUCGUCUCUCGUGUACCAGAUCUGAUCAGGAUGGCCUUCACGGCUUCGGCGGCGUAUGUCAUGGACAUUCGCCUCGAGGGUCUGACGGUGCUUCGGGACGUCAUUCAGAUCUUUGCGACAUCACCAGACCCUGCUUAUGAGGACGCGUUAUUGCUCGAGCAGCACCAAGCACCGAUCACCGCCGCACUCACGCCAGCGUUCUCAUCGGACACGACACCAGAGAUCCUCGCGUCUGCCGUCGAAGCUUGCGCUGUUUUCGUCGGAUGUGGUGUCGUCAAGGAUGUUGGUAGGAUGGGAAGGAUACUCAAGCUGCUCACGACAGCCUUGGAGCAGUCCAAAGACCCUGGAAUGCUCUCUCUUGGAGAGUCUGGCGAGCUCAGCCCUAAUGCAUCCGCCAUGCUGCGUAUCGCGACUGUAUCCGCAUGGGCGCAACUGGAGGUGGCGAGCGUGUCCCAAGUCUACCUGAAGGAGGUCAUCAAGCCCUACCGUGCGACCUUGGCUUCACUGUGGAUCGCUUCCCUGCGCGACUACGCUAGUAUCAGGGUUGACUCAGAGGCCUUGCAAGACAGCUCGAGCGUUGCUCUCGACUCAUCGUUCUCUGGCUUGGGCAAGGAAGUGCUAUUGCCGUACUAUGCAGAGUCAUGGGCCAUCAUUUUGCAAGCCGUCGCGACGGCAAUGCAGUCCGGCGAUCCGUACAUUCUGCUUGCCAUGGAUGGCGCCGAGCCCAAGACGGCGGAGGUCGACUCCAUCAAACUGACAAGCCGCUCCGAGCCCACCAUGUGCUUCUUCAUCGUCUUCGGCCUCGUCUACGAAGCUCUAGCGACCACAUCUGGAGACACGAGCAAUGCAGCAGCGAACAGGCGAACCAUCGUUCUCGCAUGCUUGCAGGCGCUGAAGUGCUUGGUGCGGCCAGAAUACGCCGGGAAAGCGAUCUUGGAUCCGCCUAUCUUCGAGGAGUUCAUCAGCCUUUGCUAUCGUAUCGCGCUGACGGAGCCGGCGAGCAUGCUGGUGCACCUGAUUGAGCUUGUGAAGACGCUGGCGGAUACGCAGGAAGAGUUGUCUGGCUCACUGGACAUCCUCUCCUUGACUUCUCCGAAGGCUCAUUGCUUGAGGAUUUGCUCGCAUAUCCUACGACACUCCAUCGCAUCGGCUCGCGGCUCCGUCAUCCCUGGCGAGUUGGGCGACAGGAUCAGGAUGAUAACGGCCGCAUUCGCUGCUUUUGCAAGCAUAGCAAGCUCGGUGAAGACAACGCAGCGCGAAGACGUCCGCGCGGUUGCGAUACUCCUAUAUAACAACUUGCUCAAGGACGAACUCCCGGAUAUGGACUUGGUCCCGCCGACCUUGCCUGCGUUGAAGACUCUACUCGAUGUCCCCCCUCUGCCGGAUCAGGAAGGGCAGGAAAGGCUGAGUCGCACUAUCCACGGUCUGCUUUCGGCGUGUCUGCUCAAUGUGGAGGAGAUGAGGGGACGGGAAGGCCCUGCUGUCACGAAGAAGAUCAAGAAUAACUUCUUGGCCGCAGUCCUUGUCUUGACCGUCGUCCCGACAUCAGUCAAGAUUGGGCAGCCGGUCGUCGAGCACUUGUGCUUCCUCCUCACUGAGAAGCUGGUGGAGACGAGCGAAUUAUCUCUCACCGCUGCGCAAUGUGCCAGGACCUUGAUAGGCGCUGCAGCCUCAGGGAAUGUGCUGCUGCGUCUGUGCGCAAAGCUGCUUAUGCCCGGCCUCAUCGAGUUCGUCGCGAAGAUGGCACCCGCCGUGAACGACCGCACGAUCUCUGACCUGCACUCCGCUGCCAUUGCCGAGACUUGGAAGGCCUUCAAUACCUUCUUCACCUCCGUACCCGAUGAGCACAGAACACGCCUCCUUGGUGUCUUACUUCCUACCAUAGCACUCCUGCUCCUCAACGCGCAGUCCAGUCCAUCCCCGGUCACGUCGCAAAGCGUUGUGCAGCUGCUGGCGUUUGCGACGACUUCGCAGGUCGCGUUCAAGGAUGCGGCAGCGAAGCUUGAGCCGGAGACAAGAGAACUACUGGAGCAGGCAGUGCGCCGGGCUGUGGGUGGUAACUCGGCGGCGCAAGCGCAGGCGUCUGCGAAGCCACAGAUUUCUUUGAGGUCGUUUUGAGGUUGGAGGAAAGGAUUGUGUGGCUACCUUUCCGCACUGCUUCCUUUUGUUUGUUCAGUUCUGAUCUGUUGUACUACACAACCCGAGUGCCAACUGGGUCCUUGAAUCUGGUGUAAAUUAGUGCAUUGAAUUGGAUGGUGCAAUCUCCACGAGUCUCAAGACGCGUGAGUUUACGGG